UCUGCCAAAUCGAAUCAAAGUAGUUAAAUGAGAAUUUAAAUAGCAGGAUAUAACCCAAGCUGAUUAUUUUUUUAGAGGUAGGCCUACUUCAUUUAUACUCAAAGACAUAUUUUAUUGAGCCUGAGAGAAGUUGAGGAGACCCAUGACAAACCUGACCAUUUCACACUUAACUUCGAUGUUGAAGAGGAAUACAUUUUUCCUCUAAAUUUUCCUGCAACAUUUUUGACAAAAGGAAACUGGACCAGUUGAGUCUUGAACAACCUGUUCUAUCAGUCAGGCAUCUGCAGAAAUAUGUCACGGACAGGUUUGGAACCAGAAGAGCACAUCCUUCAUAGCUGAAUGAAAACUCGAUUUCUUGAGACAUCAGAAUCAAGAUUGUGUUUCAUCAUUUCAACAAGCAUCGUCGUCAUGGCUGCCUCUCUCUUCAACUCCUCCUUCUCUGUGGUCUCCGCGGCCACCUCCUCCGCCUCGUCCGGCCACGCUCCGGAGCUGUACUGCCCGCUCAUGCAGAUCAUGCGUAGCAACACCACAGUGACGGCGGGCACGACGGCGGUGGUCUACAUCCACGGCCUGGUGUCCAUCCUGGGGAUCCUGGAGAACGCGCUGGUGCUGUGGGUGCUGGGCGUGCGCCUGCGCCGCAAGACGGUGGCGGCCGUGUGGGUGCUGAACCUGGCCAUGUCGGACUUCCUGGCCACGCUCACGCUGCCCCUCUUCACCCACUACCUGCACUCGGGCCACAGCUGGGAGCUGGGCGCGCCGCUCUGCUCCACGCAGGCCUUCGUCUUCUUCCUCAACAUGUUCGUGUCGGCCUACAUGCUGGCCGCCAUCUCGCUGGACCGCUGCCUGCUGGUGGCCCGGCCCGUGUGGAGCCAGAACCACCGCUCCGUGGCGGCCGCCUGGAAGGUGUGCCUGGCGGGCUGGCUGUGGGCGGCGGCCAACGCCGUGCCGUACAUCCUGUUCCGCUCCGUCAUACAGCAGGACACCGGCCCCAAGCUGUGCUACCACAACUUCGCGCGGUACUCCUCGCCAAAGCGGCUGGAGCGGGACUGCGAGGUGCGGCAGGCGGCCACCGCCGUCUCCAAGGUGCUGCUGGCCUUCGUGGCGCCGCUGGCCGUCAUCACGGGCAGCUACCUGUACUUCGGGCUCAGCCUGCGGGCGCGGCACCGGCGGCGGCUGCGGGAGAACAGCUGCGUGGGCCUGGCGGACAGCGGGGGCUCUGCGGCACUCACCGCGCUCAAGCUCUCCGCCAAUGUGGCGGCCACCUCGGAGCGGCUGUCGCGCGGCUUCACCAAGAUGGUGGCGUCCGUGAUCGCGGCGUUCAUCCUCUGCUGGGCGCCCUACCACGUCUUCUGCCUGCUGGAGGUGGCUGCCCCGUACCGCCGGUCGAUCCGCUUCACGCUGAUGGUGCAGAAGGGCCUGCCGCUCGCCACCACCUUCGCCUUCCUCAACCCCGUGCUCAACCCCAUCAUCUACGCCUUCAGCUGUCCGCACUUCUGCUCGCGCAUCCGCCAGAGCCUGUCGGCGCUGCUGGAGGGGCUGGUGGAGGAGGGCGGCCCUGUGUCGGUGGCGGGGGGGCUGGUGAAGAGGAGGCCCACCAACAGGGCGGGCGGUGGUGGCAGCUCCUUCUCGAACACGCCCUGCUCCCCGACCACGCCCAGCCUGCCCCGGCACACCCUCUCCCCGCAGGGCUCCGUCAACGGCUGCAGCUUCCAGAAGUGUCCCCCGGACGACACGCACACGGAGAGGUUUCAGACGUGCCCGUUUCAGGACACGGCUGCGGACAAUGGAUCUGUGAAGUUCCUCUCACACGGCACGUCUCCUUCCUCGUCGUAGCAAAAGACUGAAGGUUUGUCUAUCAGCUGAAGCUGUCGACUGCUGGGGUGUAGAAGUGAACUGCCAGACGAGUCAUAAGUAUUAGUGUCAGUCACUGACUUUGUCAUACCGCACUGAAGUUUCAGGCACACCAUGGGAUUAUUUUUUUUGUUUGAAAAAGGAAUAAUGUGUUCUGUCAAACGUUAUCGCUUUUAAAUUAUGGCUUUAUCAAGGUCUGUUGUGCAACUGUAUGCCUGCCCCACCAUGCCUUGCCGGUCCCCCACCCCUGCCAGACACCCACACACACACAUACUCUUAACUUCACUCAUCCACGUAGAAUUCACAGUCCCUCUGGAUUGCAAUAGAGUGUGUCGUAAUUUUGAGGAUAUUAAAGAGAGGAGAUCAGCGCUAAAAAUCUGUAAUCCGUUUCAGAUCUGCAUGUGCCCAUAUUCUUUUUUUUUCUUACGUCGUCUACAUUAUGUUGUGUGGUGGUCAUCUCCCUACUUCCCAUCCCAGCCUCUCUCCCACGUUCUCAUUGUCUCUCUCUCCCCCUCUUCAAAACAGACUGGAAGCACCAAAAUGUUAUCCUGGCAAGCCAGACUAUAGUAUGAAAUGAAUAGGCUGGCCCCCUCGACUGAUGAAGAUGGAAGUUAUGGUGGAACCAACGGUUGGCUUUCAGACUGCUUAACUGCACAUAAUAGGCCAGCACAUUUGAGUCCAUCCCCAAAGAGUCUGACAGAUUCAAACAGAAAAAAACAGAUACACAAAUAGAGCAUUGUGGUUGGAGGGCAGAUUUUGUGACCUUCUGGAUUAACUCCUAUGGUGCGGUGCUAGAGCAACCGGCUGCCGGGCAGAAAUAUGGCCUGUUCUACCGCUAGGGUAGCUAUCCAAACACAAACAUCACAAGUCUUCUAAAAGUAACUAAUAAUCAGCACAGCAAAAGCUCAUACUGUAAACCUGGAACCCACAUCGAGAGUGCCCUAUGAUCUUAAACACAUUUACAAGAUCCCAUUACAGUGACGUCACACUUUUCCUUGUUCUAAAUGCCACGGACGUCAGGCAGGCCUACACAUCUUUAGCAUUUCUGACUGCACCACCCAUGUGACUUCCAUGUUCCAAAAAGCAUUUCAAAGGCAGAGUCUAACUUGGCAUGUAAAUUAGUUCUUUUUUGAGCUAUGGAUGAGCCAGUCAAGGCAUAUCAGAUAGACCACCACUUCCCUAGAAGCAUGGUAGAGAUUAGCAUUGUGGGCUGGAAGGGAAGAGAUGUGGGGGCAUUCCUGACACGCUUUGGAUGGCACUGACUGUACUAUGGCAGUUAAAAUGUAGCAAUUAAAAUGCACCUUUUUCGCAGUUAAGGGUGCAUAUGUGUUUAAAGUGUUUAAAGUGUGUGUUUAAAGUGUUUUUUUUCUCACGCUUCAGUUCUUCAAUUUUCACCAAGUGCCCUUUCAGAGCCGAUAGCGCUUGUAAAUUUUUCACACAAUCGCACAACACCAUCAGAACUCAAAAAAUGCUUUUCAUCAGUAAGAUUAGCCUACACAUUUUCACAUUUAACCUAGACUAGACAACUUGAAACAAUUUUAAUAUGUUCAUAUGCUUUAUUUUUGUAUU